CGAUCGAAUAAACAGGCUACGCGAAAUGUCAGGCAGCCAUUGUCAAAAGCGUCUUUCCUAUCGGUGUCGCGUCAAGCUUCAAUGAUGCAAUCGUAAGACAUUGACUACGAUGCCGUUACGCAGUCCGUUCGUUGCAAAACUCGCAAGACUCGGUUCAACAACCAUGCGCUAAGAAUAUAGGCGCUACUUGUACUCGGUCGGUCCUAAGAAUCGACUCUUCCAGAUGUAAUAAUAUAAUUUAUAAAUAGAACAUAAGCGUGGAACAUGGAACGAUAAACGGUAUAUUAUAUUGUCAGUUAAGUCACGAUUUAUAUAGAAAGUUCGUUAUUAAAAGGACAAAUCAUUUGGACGAAGAAAAAUCGAUACUUUUAUCGCAAUCACAUACGUGAAAUUCUUUUUAGCUACGUAAAUCUUUUUGUUCGAGUCGCAUACAUAGUAAUAGUACGAUAAAACGUUCGAUCAAAACGAAAGCUCGUAUAAAGAUAUAAAAAGAAAAAAAAAAAAAAGAAAAAAAAGAGAGAAAGAAACUCGUUUAUCUAUCGAACGUUUGACACGUAUCGUCGUUCGACUUUUCAUACUUUGUCUCGUAGUCUCAGUUAUAUGGGAGCACCGUUAGCUCAAACUCUCGACUGUUUCGAAAUAUGCGUUAAAAACGUGAAAGGAAUGUACGCGUGGCACUGUUUUAACGGCCGGAGCGCGCGAGCGCGCGAGCUUUCUUGGAAAUUGAACUUACGACCGGGUCGUCGAUCAUACCGGUGCUGAUCUCACACGCACAUCUGUAACAUCGAGCGAGCCGUAUACGUCGAAACUCGGAGAAAUUCGCUCGCAUCUCGACUACUACUCUACGACUGUUACGACGAUGACAACGAAAACGAAAACGACGAAGACGAAGAAGACGAAGACGAUUACGACGAUACCAGUGACGAUUUCUAUACGCUUCUUAACAUGGCAUAUAGAAAGCUGUUUCGUCGAAGAUCAGGAUACUUUGUAAACGAACCGCACGCUUGAUGUCAUUGAUCGCGUUGAUGUUAGAGAGACGGAGGAAAGCGUUUGCCGGGUCAUUAAUCGAGUAGCAGCAGCAACAGAGCAGCAGCAACAGCAACAGCAGCAGCAGCAGCAGCAAUAGUAGUAGUAGCAGCAGCAGCAGCAGCAGCAACAGCAACCGCGUUGCAACGAAAUGAAACGAAACGAAACGAAGAAGUUCGAUCUAUCUAACUCAUAAUCCACGUGCUAAUUCCGGCUUAAUAUUUACGAGAUAGUGAUAUUAAUAAGGAGAGAAUAAGAAAGUAAAUAAAGGAAGAAUUUUUCGACGAACGGCCCUGACGAAGAAAAGGAAAGGACGUCCUCGAGGAAAACGGUGAAAAGAAAACAAAAUAAAAUUAAGUACGAAUCUCGGCCGCAUUCCUAUCCAUAAACCAAUAAGAGAAAUGGGAUCUUGAGAAGAGUCGAAACGCAACGGCAUCGAUUCGAUCUGUUACCAAAAGGAUUUCUUUAUUUCGACGAGAGGAAAUAAAGAGGAAGAACGAGAAGGAGAAUAAGGUGUUUUUGGUGCAGUGCGAAUCGGAUUAAAAAUCGUAUGCUUAAGUGAGGUGAUCGAAGAAAAAGGAAAUAAAGGAAUAAAAUUCGACGCGAUGACGUUUAUGGUUUUGGGCGCGAAAAACAACGCCGUCUCAGGGGAACGUUGACAAAUCGAACGUAUCAAGAAAAGGAUAAGAAGAAGUGAACGAUUUUCAAAGAUGACCGUCACGAUGGAGCACAAGAGGAAGAGCUCGUGGGAUUCAAAGAAAUUUCACAGCGUUCUUCGCGAUCAUCCGCAGAUCUCGGUGAGCACAGUAAGCACGAGAAGAUUCAGUCGCGCUGGUACGCCAAGCUCGAUCCUAUCCUCGGACAGCGACAUCAGGUUCACCAGGAAGCUCGGUGGUCAAUAUCGAUGCGGUUGCUGUGUCCUAGCCGCCUUUUUGCUCUUCCUUCUUUUUUCCGGCGUUUCCAUAUACCUCGGCUACACGUUCCUAACAUCGGACUCACCGGGAGAUCAAAUAUUCUUAGCGACAUUUCGUGUUACCGAGGGAGAUUACUUUGCAUCGGAACUGGCAGAUCCCUCUACCGAGGCCUUUCGCAUACGAUCACGAGAAUAUCGCGAUCGGAUCAAUCUUAUUUUCCGACGUAGUUGGCUCAAACUUUCCUUUCUCGCUUCGGACGUCUUAGCACUCGACGGAGUGGAAGGUCGUGACUUGGUGGUUCAUUUCGACGUCAGAUUUGAUCCACGAUAUCAAACCAUCACUACCAGCGACAUCGUCGAUAUUCUAUCGCGCGAGAUCGAUCCGACUAGCUCGAAAUACUUGUCGAAUCUAACGAUAAACGCCAAAAGUCUCGAGGUUCAAGAAAGUUUAACGGCUUUAAAUGCACAAGUCAGCUUACAAACAACGAUCUCGACUAUUCCACCUACAACGACUGCACCACCCCCAAGAAGAUGCAGUCUUCUCGAAUUAUCUUAUUGCAAACAUCUUCCAUACAAUGUCACUUCCUAUCCGAAUAUGUUGGGACAUCGUUCAUUGAUCGACGUGGAGGAAGACGUUAUUGCAUUUAGGGAAUUGGUAGAUGCCGAAUGUUAUCGUUCGGCAUACGAUUUCGUCUGUCAAGUUUUACAACCAGCCUGUUUGUCCGGCGAACCCGAAGAUCUAUUGCAAUUACCCUGUAGGAGUUUUUGCAGAGAAUUUUGGAACGGCUGCGGAAAUAGACUUUCGGAUAGGAUCAAGCGAGCUUUGGAUUGUUCCAAUUUCCCGGAAUACGCGGAUGUUGGUAGUUGUAGACCAAAGCCAGGAUGCGUACAGACGCUUCAAUCGAAGGCCUUGUCGCCAAGGAUUUGUGACGGUAUAAUUGAUUGUCCGGAUCUGGCUGAUGAAAAAAAUUGUGCCUACUGUCGCGACGGAUAUAUGCAUUGCGGAGUUGGAAGAACUUGCAUUCCGUAUAUCAAACGAUGCGAUGGAAAAAUAGAUUGUCCAAAUGGAAGCGACGAGAAGGAUUGUCUAUCAUUAGCGCAAAGUGUAAAAGCUGUUAAAUCUCAGCCAUGGGACACGCCACAUGCCGCGAAGUACAACAGCGAGGGUUACGUUGUUUUUAACGAGAAAGGUACAAUCGGUAAACUCUGUACCGAGAAUUUGAAUGCUACUAUGCCGGCCACGGAAAUGGAAACCGUUCUUCAGACUGUAGCGAAUUCUCUUUGUACUUUAUUAACUUAUACAGGUGUUAAAUCUGUCGAAGUGAGGAUCGAUGAAGAGGAAGAUGUUCAAUACGUUCAUAUGGAAGAUCCAUCGGCUACAGAGAUCACGUUUGUAAGAGCACCUUGUCCAAGCAAAGACGUUAUGUAUAUUCGCUGUUCUGAACUUGAAUGCGGGGUACAGCCUUUACGAAAUAAAGGUAAACAGGGUCUUAGUAAAAUGGCAGAACCUGGCGAUUGGCCUUGGCAUGCAGCACUUUUUAAAGAAGAGGUUCAUGUUUGCGAUGCUACGUUGAUUGCUGAAAGUUGGUUACUCACAACUGCUUCUUGUUUCCAAGGACAACCAAAGGCAGAAUGGUCUGCUAGAUUAGGCACAGUACGUCUUUCGAGUACGUCACCGUGGCAGCAGGAACGUAGGAUCGUAGGAAUGAUAAAAUCCCCUGUAGAGGGAAGUACGACUGUUCUAUUAAAAUUAGACCGUCCUGUUACGACUUAUUCGGAUUUUGUUAGGCCGGUUUGUUUGCCUUCUGCUCAAGAUCCACCAUCGACCAAUGCAUCUCAAUGCAAUACUUUGGGUUGGGCCAGAAAUCGCGACAUGCUGCAAAGAGUACAACUGAGGCAUAGUGCGAUGGAAAGAUGCGAAAAUAUAAGCAUCGCGUCGGUGAACGGUGUUUGUACCGAGCCAGCAUAUUCGGUGGAUGAUUGCAACGAGGAAGAAGUCGCUGGUAGUCCGAUGCUUUGUCUUCAAGCUGGCGGUCAAACAUGGGCAUUAACCGGAGUUGGUAGUUGGCGAAUAGCUUGUUCUAAAGCAGGCGUUGAAAGACCUAGAUUGUACGAUCAAAUAUCCUCCAAUAUCGCUUGGAUAAAAUCGACGAUUAGUUAAAUAUUCGCAAUCGUUCGAGA